CGGAGUAGGGGCUUCAGGGCCUGCUGGGGGGUUUUGAGUCUGGAAUGGAGGCUCUCACAGGGAGUCCUGGCUUGACCCCCCUACUCUGGCCUACAGGCCAUGCCAGUGGGCUGGGUUCCCACCGGAGAAAGCGGACCACCUUCAGCAGAGGGCAGCUGCUGGAGCUGGAACGGGUGUUUGCAGCAUGGCCCUACCCUGACAUUGGCACCCGUGAGCACCUGGCUCGGGUCACCUGCCUUCCUGAGGACAAGAUACAGGUGUGGUUCCAGAACCGCCGGGCCAAGAGAAUCAAGAAUAGGAAGGCAGGAGGCCUAAGCCCCAGGCCUGAACACACCCAGAGAGCCCAUUCUCUUCCAGAUACCCUCCAGCAGUCCCAGGAGCCCCCAACACUAGGCCAGCAUCCGCCCUCCAACACGCCUCUGUGUGCCUCAAUGUGUCGACAAGCUUCCUGCCCAGCUCCUGGCUUGGGUCCAGGGCAAAGCUGGGCAGGGGCUAAAGCUGUAGCCCCAUGGGGACCAGCUGGAGCAUCAGGGGUCCACCUUUCUUCAGAGCGAGCCACUACCCAGACCUCACUGGGCAGCUUAUCGGACCUCAUCUAUGCCUCGGCCAUUGUCACCAACCUGGACCACUCCUAAUCUAAGUCUAGAACUUGUGAGACCACUCCUCUGGCUCUGCAGCCCUCCCUGCCCCUUAGGACUGAACAUAUCAGAGAUAGGUCCCCUGCCCCUCCUUUUACACAAGGAAGUUCUCUUAUCGGAAGGAAGGUUAGCUCAGGGAUCCCUCCCGUCUUCCAGGCCAGCCCAGAGUCACCAGGGCUGGGCUUUAGCACCCAGAGCCCUGCCCGUUGCCGUGGCAAAUGGUACCUUCAGAGAAAUGAGGUAAAGGCCCUGUUUUCAAUCUCUCAGGCCAGGCUUGGCCACCAGUUCUUCUUACCCCAGCUGACAAUACCUCCUUCCUCUAAAGAAUAGGCAGCCCCUCCUCAUUUUCAGGCCAUUGGCUAACUGCUGAGUUAGGUGAGGAGAGGACUGAAACUCAUUCCAGACUGUUAGGAACCAGCUCCCCUCUUCUGAACUAUUCCCACCUGGACAAAUUAAUCAGAACCAUGGAUCUGAAGAGAAAGUCCUAUCAAAGGAAUAAAGUAGAAAGAGGAGCCCGGGGCUUGUGUUCAUUUAAUUUUCACAAAGAUCAGAUUGGUUGCCCUCUGACCUGAGGCUGUGGAGACAACCUGACAGAUUUAGCAGGGGGUUGGGGUAUGCACUCUGGCAACAUUGGGUUUUUGUAUCACCAUCAUCUGUAUUACCAACUAAUCUCCAAAUAAAACCCAAACUCUAUA